UCUACUAAGAGCGACGAUGAUUACCUGAGCGACACCAGCUCCAAUCCGAGCACAGUUUUUUCCGAUCGCAAGUCCGAAACUACGUCAGAUAGUGAACUUAAUAUAGAUAAAGACUCUGACGACAAUACCAUAUUCAAUUAUUUCAACUUCGAUAAGGGCCAGCUCCCUCCUGGACACUAUUUAGCCGAAGCGGAAAUACUGAAUGAGCAAUACAGCAAUAAAACCCAGGAGAAAGUCGACGAGACCGUUAAGCACUGGGAUAGAUAUUACAAGCACAUCAGCAUCGAUCCUAUAAGAUAUGGUAUCUUACUCUCAAGUAACGAAGGGAGUCAGAUAAUUACUAUUAUAGCCGAGAAAAAAGGCCUUGAGCUAACACAACGACCCAAGAAGAACAUAUUUAUUGAAGACAUUGCCGAAUUCGCCCAUAUACUUUUGACAACCACCAAGACCACUUUUACAUAUACUAUCACUACAAGCCGCCCAAGCGCUCUCCUUAGCCUCCGCUAUUACAACCUCGUUCUGACGUUAAUUCACAAUCUAGAAGACAGCCGCCCACGUCUUUUCAUGUACCUAACCCCUGAAUUUACAAAGAAAUUUCUUGGGAAAAAAGCGCCAUCAACAACCGGACCGGUAAUAGACUACCCUAAAAAUCUUUACCAUCUUCAGAUAUUAGAUGGUUUAGGCCAGCAGCAAUUACUUAUCAAAGAAGAACUUCUAGACAAGUUUAUAUUCUACCAGAUAACUCAGCAUACUACAGGCUUCCGUAUCGCCUUAGAGAACACAAUAACAGUAUCCUUUCUACGUUUCCGUAUACGACGGGUAGGCCAAAUAUUAGGCAUAGAAGACAUUAUAAAACCAUACUAUCUCCGAUAUGCGGGAGCAAAAGCUUUUAAUAAAAGUAAAGAAGUAACUAAUACCCUUCAGAACGUGAUAUUACAACACACUGAUAUUCACACUUUCAUUCGAUAUUACAAGGUAGAUAUUAAUAUUGAUAUCCAAGGUAUUAUACAGCAAAUAGGGUCACAAACCACGUUAAUACGAUUUGCUUAUUCAUUAAGUACAUCGAUCAAUCCCAAUCGACCCUAUAGACUCUUAACUAAAGAGUCACAAUCCCUCAAUAAGCUUCCUAUUAUCCGUACAAAAGCUACUUCCCAAGACUUAGCGCACUCUACUACAAGAACUCAUAAAACUUCAAGACCAAGCACUAGCGGCAAAAAGCUUCACAAUAAAAAGCAACACCAGAGAAACCAGCGAAACCGUAAGAAUUUAGAACACUAUAAGAGUAAGCAGCCAGUAAUUAACCUUAAGCGACAACUCCAGGGCAAGCUUAUCGAUUCAAAGGUUAUCAGGGCGAUUAAGAACAUGAAGUUUAUAUCUCCGGAAUUCAUAAUAGUUAUCAAGACUAUUAUAACUAUGCCUAGUAUGACUAUUGAGGCCGAAUAUCAAUACCGAAUCAAUACAAUAAACACUAUAACUGCUUUUUAUGGCGUAGAGGAGGGCCAGAAAGAUAAGAUUGAGGUUAGUCUCCGCCAAGCUAUUGAUUCUAUACAAAUCAAACACCCCAAAGACCAACCUACAAUCUGCUUUCUUUAUAUCGGUAAUCCUCUUCUACCACCGAAAGUCCGGCUGCAAAACCAUACGACUCCUAGCUUACUUACAAGACAUUUUAUACAAAGAUAUAUAAACCCCCCUUAG